AUGGGAAAUCAUAAUUAGAAGGAGCGGCUCUUAAGAUAUAUUGACCAGACGAAAAUUGAAAAAAUUCAAUCUGUCUUAGAAAAGUCACCAAAUUUAAUUAAUGAAGACAUUGCUCAAGAUAUUCUUUAAACUCCCUUAGCAAGAGCUGCUUGGAGAAAUGAUAUGACACUAGUUCAAUUAUUUUUAGAUGUAGAUUUUAUUUCAUAAUAAAAUUAGAUAGGAGCUAAUCCAAAUGAUGGAGGUUCUUCUAGUAUCACUCCACUCAUGUGGGCUUGCAAAAGAGAUAAUCAAAAAUUAGUUUCUCUAUUAAUUUAAUCUGGUUCUGAUAUCACUAUACGUUCAAAUCAAGGAUUCUCAGCUUUGGAUUAUGCUAUUCUACAUGGAAAUUAUAGACCUGCUCUAUUUCUUUUUGAAUUCAUACAAGAAACUCUCGAGUUCACUUCUUAUUAUCAAUUCGCCAAAGAUAAUGAUUACAGAUAUGUAAAUUAUGAAAUAAUGAUAACACAUUUACGUUUGAGAACAAAAUAUGAACUUAUUCCAAAUAUCUAUGAAAAACCUAAAAAAUAAUAAUUGUUAGAUCCUGUCAUAGACCCAAGAGAAACUUGGGGAGAUUUCAUAUAUAGAUAGAUUGAGUUUAAGAAUCCUCCUUUAGUCGAAAGAAAUGAAUUACCAUUAGAUCUCUAACCUUAAAAUAGAAUGAUAGGUAAAAUUAGAUAACAGUUAAAUGGAUUACCUGUAGAGAUGAGUAAAUCUCAAUAAUAUAGACAGAUUAGUCCAUAGGUAAUAAGAUUUAUUUAAUUAUAUUUAAGAAUUAAAAGAAUGAGUAGUCAAACAAUCAUACUUAACAUUAAAUUUCAUUUUCAUGA